AACCUUCGGCCUCAGGAAAGUCGGGCAAUGUUUAGUGGUUCUGUCAGUAUCCCUUCAAUCACAAAAACCCGGACCGAGCCUGGACGUUCCAUGAGUGCUAGUAGUGGCUUGGCAGCAAGAACAUCUGCACAAAAUGGUAGUGCUUUGCGGAGAGAAUUCUCAGGAGGUAGCUAUGGAGCAAAGCGUCAGCCAAUGGCCUCCCCUUCAGAUGGCUCUUUGUCUUCUGGUGGCCUGGACCAAGGCAGUGAUGCCCCAGUGAGGGAGUACGAGCGAGAGGUGGGUAUAAGCUCCAGUUUAUGCUUAAA